AUGGCCUACACCCUUUAUGAGGGCUUUGUUCUCCAAGCAAAGCGCGCCUUAUCCACACUUUUGCAUAUUCUUCAAAAAGCCGAGGAGCAUCCCAACGCCUCCAGUCUUCCAUCCUCUCGACUCCACGAUGACAUGAAAACACUAAGCUACCAAGUUUUUGCGGCAACCACGCAAACCCGGCUAGCUCUGGCUAAGCUAACAGCGGGGUUAUACCCAACAGACGACACAACGAAGGAUGUUGUCUUCACAUAUGAGGAAAUGUACAUUCUCAUCGACAAGGCGCUCGAGGCACUUGACACGGUUCACAAAGCAGUUAUCCUCGAACAUGCCGAGGCUAUCGGGCCCGUCCCUUUGGGGGCUCAUACACAGGACAUGUCUGGCAUUACAUUUGCGUGCAUCAUGCAGGCUAAUAUUUUCUUUCAUGUGACCACUGCCUAUGGAAUCUUGCGCAAGGAAGGCGUGCCUCUGGGAAAGGUCGAUUAUAUACUUCCUUUUGCAAACUCCUAG